UCUCCCGUUCCCCAUUUCUUCUCCAACCCCUAAGAUAAAGAAAACAGAAGAAGCUAAAGAGAAUAGCAGAGAGAGAGAGAGGUCAUCAAUCAGGGAACGGGGAAUCGGAGUGGAAUUAGAGGUCGUCGGUGAUGGCGUUGAAGUUUUUGAACAAGAAAGGAUGGCAUACGGGGAGCCUCGGCAACGUCGAGAACGUGUGGAAAGCUGAGCAGAAGCACGAGGCCGAGCAGCGCAAGCUCGAGGAGCUCCGCAAGCAGAUCCAGGAGGAGCGCGAACGCUCCGAGUUCCGCCAACUCCAAGAACAAGCCGGCCUCAUCCCGUAUGAAAUUAUCUCUCUGGACUAGAUUUAGGGUUAGGUUUUUGGGGUUUUUGAUCUUCGGACAUUUCGUGGAUUUUAUUUGCUUUUUUUUUAAUCCGUUCGGGAGGCAGGAGCGGUUGGAUUUUCUCUACGAAUCGGGUUUGGCGGUUGGGAAGGGGAGCUCCGAGGGGUUCAAGGCGCUCCAGCCCCAGCCCCAGCCCCCGCCCGCCGCCCCAGCAGCAGAGGCUAGUACCUCCAAGGCAGCUGUUCCUGGUGCUUUAUUUGAGGAUAAGCCUCAGUCUGCAAAUGAUGCUUGGAGAAAACUCCACUCUGAUCCCUUGCUUCUUAUCCGACAACGUGAGCAGGUACUUGCCAGGAUAAAGAAUAAUCCUAUCAAGAUGGCCAUGAUCAAGAAAUCUGUAGAAGCUGAGAAAAAGCAGAAGCACGAAAAGGAGGAGAAACAAGAAAAUGAAAAACACAGGCACCACUAUAGCAAGUCAAAGAAUGAGAAGCAUUCGUCCAAAGUUCAUUCAGAUUCAGAAGACACAAGUGAAGUAGAGGAAGAGAGAAGAAAGAGGGAUCGUGCAACAUCUGGGAGGCAAGAGCACAGCAAGUCAAACCAUGAAAUGCGUUCAUCUAGAAUUUGUUCAGAUUCUGUAGACAGUAGCAAGGGUGAGGUAGAGAGAAGAAGUAAGAGGGACCAAUCAACUUCUGAGGAUCACCGACAUGGCAACUCAAAGCAUGAUAAGCAUACGGAAAAAGUUCAUUCAGAUUUAAAGAACACGAGUGAUGGUGUAGAGAAAAGAAAUAGACAUCGUUCAACGUCAGAGCAUCAUCAGCACAGUUACUCGAAGCAUGAGAAGCAUUCAUCCAGAGGUCGUUCAGAUUCAAAAUACCAAAGUGAGAAAGAGAGCAAAAAGAGCAAUGUCUCGAAAUCUGAGGAUCUUCAUCAUAGUUUGGACCUUGGAAUAGGAAGCAAGCAGAAGGAAAUCAAUACCCAGAAUCUGCAACAGGAGCCCGGUUAUAAGCGACAUCAGGGUGUCCUAAUGAUGUCCGAGGAAGAGAGAGCAGCUCGGCUGCGAGAAAUGCAACUCAAUGCAGAGCUUCAUGAGGAGCAAAGGGGAAAACGAUUGAAGAGAGCAGCUGAGGCUGAUGCCCAGGAGGCAUUGCGGGCAAGUACUUCCCGAGGCAAGAAUUUCUUAGAUGCUGCCCAAAAGAGCAUUUAUGGAACCGAAAAAGGGGGAAGCUCUACAAUUGAAGAGAGUGUCCGUCGCCGUGCUUAUUAUUCACAAGGGGGUUCUGCAGUCCAUGAAAGCAAUGCUUUCCGGCGCGCCUUAAGAGCAUCUCAGCAUGGAACCAAACCGUCAGUCAGGUGUUCUCUUUACCUCGAGCAAUAAUACAAAUUAAUUCAUCUGA